CAGCUACUUGCAGCCAGAGGGCUACCAGUGUCUGUGUGUGUGUGUGUGUCUCUCUCUACCCCCACCACACACACACACAUGGAUUUCCUCCUAGGUGGUGCAGCAGCCAGCGCUGCCUGCAUCUUCACCAACCCUCUAGAGGUGGUGAAGACGAGGAUGCAAUUGCAAGGGGAGUUAAAGGGACGCGGCUCGUACACAGUGCAUUACCGCAACGUCUUCCACGCUGCGCUGACCAUAUGCAGGACUGACGGGGUGCUUGCUCUGCAGAGGGGUCUCUUGCCCGGCCUGCUCUACCAGUUCUGGAUGAACGGAAUCCGCCUGGGAUCCUACUCGCUGCUGGAAGACGCCGGCUACACCCGCACCGCCGGCCGGGCCAGUGUGGCCAAGAGCACCGUGGCCGGAGCAGUGGCCGGAGUCCUGGGUCCACUCCUUGUCAGCCCCUUCUACAUGGUCAAGACUCACCUUCAGGCCCAGUCUAAGUCGACGAUAGCAGUGGGACAUCAGUACAGGCACCAGGGAAUGCUGCACGCGUUGAUGACCAUUUACCGCCAGCACGGGAUCACCGGCCUGUGGCGUGGCUCGAGUUCGGCCGUGCCGCGGGUCAUGGUUGGUUCCGCCGUGCAGCUCGCCACCUUCUCCGAAACCAAACAGCUGACCAGAGACAUGCAGCUCAUCCCGCCGGGCAGCCCGCUGGAGCCCCUCGUGGCUGGCAUGGUCAGCAGCCUGUUCACCGUCCUGGCCAUCGCACCCUUUGAUGUUGUCAGCACACGCCUCUACAACCAGCCCGUGGACCAGCGGGGAAAGGGCCUGUUCUACCGCGGCAACCUGGACUGCUUCACUAAGACGGUGAGGAAGGAAGGCCUGUCGGGCCUGUACAAGGGAACUGGGGCCUCCUAUUUCAGGCUGGGCCCACACACCGUCCUCAGCCUCUUCUUCUGGGACGAGCUGCGCAAGUUAUACUGGGAGUGAGGAAGGGGCACGGACUAAUAGCCCCCCCCUUCCCCCUCCACCACCCCACCCUACGGAAGGAUAAUGUACGUUUCUGGGCCUGCACUCGCAAGAGUUUAGACGGACCAAGGGAGGAGGCGGUUGGGGUGGGGAGAGAGAGGACUCCCAUUGAAACCUACCAGAUAACAAAAGGCCCGGCCAGAGUGGGUGUGGAGAGGAUGUUUCCACUAGUGGGAGAGUCUAGGACCAGAUGUCACAGCCUUAGAAUAAAAGGACCUACCUUUAGAAAGCCAGAGGGCGGUGAAUCUGUGGAAUUCAUUGCCACAGACGGCUGUGGAGGCCAAGUAGAGUCGACGACUGUUCCCGUAUUAGCCGGGACAUCCCGUAUAUUGGGCUAAAUCGGUUUGUCCCGUACGGGAUCGCCCUUGUCCCGUAUUUGACCGCUGCUACUCGGAUCGGGUCGGACCCCGCCUCGACGUAGUGCAGCCCGUGGAGUGCAGCAGCAGCAGCAGCAGCAGCAGCGCCUCGCCCGUGGCCCCGUCGGUCGCUCGGC